CUAACAUACAUAAUUAUAUAUUAGGGUUUGCUCAUUAAAAAAGCACGAAUAUAAUUUGUGACUUGCCUAAGCCCUUAUUUAGUGCCCAACUUCUCGCACUUCUUUUUGCUCAUCGUACUGCCCGUUACCGUCAAAUCACGGAAUAGUUUGACAUAUUCACACUAUAUACUCUGUUCUGGUCGAUUGAGCGGAUUAUUUUAGUGUGAGUGAAUUAUGGCUCCGUCGUGGACGGCCGUUAUGGUGGCGGUUUUGCUGUGUUUUUGGGGUGUUCCGGGGUGCUCCGGCGCCGGAGAGUUUGAUUUCGGCCAGUCCAAGUGCUUGAAGGUGCCGGCGACAGAGUUCGUGAGGUCCGUUAUAUCGGCGAUAAGGAAUAUCACAGUGGCCAAUGCCACCGUGGCGGAGAUCGGCCAUAGUGUGGGGCACUAUGGACAUUUCCGGCUGUCGACGGCGAUCUCCGACUGCCUGGAUCUUCUCGACUUCUCCGCUGAGGAACUGUCUUGGACUAUCCACCACUGGGGUGGUAAAAAAAGUAAUAGCACCGUCGGCAUCGGCACGGGGAGCAUGAGUGCGGAUUUGAGGACAUGGUUGACGGCUGCGUUAAGUAACCAAGACACGUGCUUACAAGGAUUUGACGCCACAAACGGCACCGUCAAAAAAUUGGUCGCACGGCCCAUUAAUCAGGUCGCCGCCGCGGUCCGACACCUCCUCGCCACCGUCGAAUCAGUUCCUCCCGUCAAGAAUAACGCCGUCAGAGGCAGACCCGCUCCCAAGCCCGCCGGCGGCCGGAAGCUUCUCAGUACCCCGGAGUUCCCGGAAUGGGUGAAACCCAGUGACCGGAAACUUCUGCAGUCCGUCGAGUUUACGCCGGACGCGGUGGUGGCGCUCGACGGGACGGGGAACUUCACGAGCAUAAUGGACGCCGUGGCUGCCGUCAAUAAUUCCGUGAGUGAUAGACGGUAUGUGAUCCAUGUGAAGAAGGGAGUUUACAGAGAAAAUGUGGAAAUCGGGAAGAAGAAAUGGAAUAUAGUGAUGAUCGGAGACGGUAAGGGCAAUACCAUUAUUUCCGGCAACCGGAGCUUUAUUGACGGCUGGACUACUUUCAGGUCUGCAACUUUCGCGGUAAAAGGCUUGGGAUUCAUUGCCCGAGACUUGACCAUUGAGAACACGGCAGGGCCGGAGAAGCACCAAGCGGUGGCAUUCCGAUCAGAUUCCGAUCUAUCGGUGCUAUACCGGUGCGCCAUCACCGGCUACCAAGACACCCUCUACGCCCACACGCUGCGCCAGUUCUACCGAGAGUGCUUCAUCUCCGGCACCGUCGAUUUCAUCUUCGGCAACGCCGCCGCCGUCUUCCAAAAAUGCCAGAUCCAGGCCCGGCAAGGCCUCCCGGACCAAAAGAACACCAUCACCGCACACGGCCGGAAAGAUCCAACCGAGCCCACCGGGUUCUCCAUCCAGUUCUGCAAAAUCACGGGCGACCCGGGUCUGAUCGCCGCCGGAAAUUCCACCAGCACGUACCUCGGCCGGCCAUGGAAGCUCUAUUCCCGAACAGUUGUGAUGGAAUCGUACCUGAGCAGUGUGAUUAUGCCCCGGGGAUGGCUGGAAUGGAACGCGAGCUUCGCGCUGGAUACUCUGUUCUACGGGGAGUACUUGAAUUACGGACCCGGGGCCGGGUUGGGAAGCCGGGUCAACUGGACGGGUUACCACGGAACCAUGGACUUUGACCAGGCCAACGACUUCACGGUGGCUAGGUUUCUCCGGGGAAACACGUGGUUGCCGUCCACCGGCUUCCAGUAUACGGCCGGUCUCAAGGAGGUUUGACCUCAAGUCAAAUCCAUAUUUUCAUAAUUGGAUUAUGACGGAUUUAAUUACCAUUUUAUAGUACAUUUUGUAUUAUUCUUACUUAUAUAUCUAUCUCAUCUUUAACAUAUAAAGUGAUGGUACAAAAUGUUAAUCCAUGUAUCAUUUUCCGCGAGAGAGAUCGAACUUCAUAUGAUUUUAUUGUGUUACUACACGUCUUUGACUAUACACUUGUUCAUUGUGAUUGAUUGUUGUAAAUUAAAGGGUGACAAAUUGUUGUUUGACCUAAAA